AUAAGAAUUUCUGCAAUGAAAGUACUGCCUCUUCUUUGCAAAGAUGCUAAAGAACAUGUAUGCAGAGUUGCUGAUAUUUUAGCUCAACUAUUGCAAUUAGAAGACCAAGAUUAUAACACUGCAUGCAGCGCAUUAAUUCAAGUAUUUAAAGAAGACGAACUAAAUACUGUUAAAGCUAUUUUUAACCACAUACAUACAACUGAAGAGAAUACUUCAAGAGAGAAGAAUAUUCAAUUUUUAUAUAAGAAAUUAAUAAAAAUUCCAGAAAAGCUAAGUUCAGAAAUAGAAGAAAUAUUAUUAGAGGAAGGGAAGAAAAUUAUUCAAGAUGCAAGUGCCACAGAAUUUUGGGUUGUAAUGCCUUAUUUAACAUCUUCAAAACUGGCAAAAACCAUAACUGGGCAAAAGGAGUUGGUUGAACUAGUGGCGGAGAGGGCAGAAAUUGAUAGAGAUUUUGAUCCACAUGAAGAAGGAACCUCUGACCGUAUUAUUAUGUGUGUUGAAUGUAUAUUACCUUUAUUUAAUGCUAAUGUGGAAUCAACAAAGUUUUUAAUCUAUUAUUGUGAUCAAAUUCUACCACAUUGGGAUGAAAUAGGAAAACUAAAUGAUGGCAGCACCUUGCAAUAUCAGUUUUUAAAACAACUGACAGAGCUCAGUGCACAUUGUGGAAAAUUGGAAAAUCCAUCGUUACACGUGGUGCAAAUUUUUGAUAAACUUAAGCAAUACAUGCCACUUCCUCCAGAUGAUGUUGAUAUAGAUAAAAUGCCUAAUUUAGACUUCACCACUGUAGAAUGUCUGUUGUAUUCCUUUCACCGAUUAGCACGGCAAUGUCCCGAUUUUCUCACAGCUGAUCCGCUAGUAUUAAAAGACUUCCGUUCAAGAUUGAACUAUUUUUCACGUGGAGUUGGAGGCUGCAAAAAAUCUUUAGAAAAAAUACAAGUGAAAAAGGAUGACGUUGAUAAAAUUAAAAUUGCACCUGCUGUGCUUGACAAUAUAACGGCACUCAUUAAGGAUUUGUUUUAUACAACACCUGUAUAUAAGUGCAACAUUCAGUUGUCGUUUAAGACUAUCGAUAAUAAGAUCAAAAUAUCUCCUGCAAAACCAACUGGACCACAAAAAAGGCACGUCCCAAUAACAUUUGACUCUAGCAAUGGUUCGUCAUCCAAACACAUUCGGUCAAAUAAAAGUGGUGAAAAUGUAAAACUGUAUACACCACCAAGUGGGAAAUUUAGCAACAACUUUCAGAAUUAUGAUCGGCCUUCUAUCAGAGGCAGAGGAAACAGAGGAGGAAGAAGUAUAAGAGGGCGAGGAUCUUUAAGAGGAGGAUGGAGAAACUGAUUGUUUGUUUUUACAGAUCAUUUCUGAUUUUAAUUUUAUUAUUAAUUUUCUGAUAUUCGGAUUUAUAUUUUUUUUCUCAUUGUAAAAAUUUUCGGAAAAUGUAAAUUUGUUCAAUUAUAAUAUAAAGACUUUAAAACACAA